CCCGGGAACAGGAGCAGAGCAGAGGAGGAUGGAGGCUCCGCAGAACAACGGGUCCAACUUCACAUCGAACUACACCAACAAGUUCGUGCAGCCGCCGUGGCGCGUGGCCCUCUGGUCGGUCGCCUACAGCUCGGUGCUGGCCGUGGCCGUGUUCGGAAACCUCAUCGUUAUCUGGAUCAUUCUGGCCCACAAGCGGAUGCGCACCGUGACCAACUACUUUCUGCUCAACUUGGCUUUUUCGGACGCGUCCAUGGCGGCGUUCAACACCCUGAUCAACUUCAUCUACGCCGCGCACGGGGAGUGGUACUUCGGGGAAGCCUACUGCAAAUUUCACAACUUCUUCCCAGUCACAUCUGUGUUCGCCAGCAUCUACUCCAUGACGGCCAUAGCUGUGGACAGAUACAUGGCCAUCAUUCACCCUCUGAAGCCUCGUCUCUCAGCGAAGGUCACCACGGGGAUCAUUGGGUGUAUCUGGAGCCUGGCCGUGGUUCUGGCUUUCCCUCUGUGCUACUUCUCCACCACCCGAGUGCUGCCACGCAGGACCAUCUGCUACGUGGCCUGGCCUCGCAUGGCUGACGACCCCAUCAUAGAUACGAGCAAACUGUAUCAUAUCAUAGUGACAGCUUUGGUCUACGUAUUGCCAUUGGUGGUGAUGGGCAUCACUUACACCAUUGUGGGGGUAACGUUGUGGGGGGGUGAAAUUCCUGGAGACUCCUCCGAUAACUAUCAUGGACAGCUCAGAGCUAAAAGGAAGGUGGUGAAGAUGAUGAUCAUUGUGGUGGUGACCUUUGCCCUCUGCUGGCUGCCGUACCACGUCUACUUCAUUGUGACGGGUUUCAACAAGCGUCUGGUGAAGUGGAAGUACAUCCAGCAGGUUUACCUGUCAGUGCUGUGGCUGGCCAUGAGCUCCACCAUGUACAACCCCAUCAUCUACUGCUGCCUCAACAGCAGAUUUCGAGCUGGCUUCAAGCGUGCGUUCCGCUGGUGCCCCUUCAUCAAGGUGUCCACCUACGACGAGCUGGAGUUGCGCUCCACGCGGCUGCACCCGACACGCCAGAGCAGCAUGUACACGCUGACGCGGAUGGAUACCACUAUGGUUGUAGUCUACGACCCCGCUGAGGGCAACGGCAGUGCUGGAGGGAGAAAGCACUCCUUGUCGUCCAGGAAGAGAAGCUACGUCACCUCCCGCCACACGGAGGUCACCGACUCCAACGACGGCGGAGCAAAAACACAAAACGGAGUGGCACCAAAGGCUGAGGUUGAGGAAUUCUCUUAGAGUUUUAUGAACUUGACCAAAGCACGAACAGUACACACAAUAAGAAGUUACUCCGACUCACAUUCAAAUUAUUUCCCUUCUUUUAUUUUUUACCAAACCUGCAGCUCUGAUUUAUCAUAUUUGUCCAUUUCCAUGUGAGAUUUCAUUAUUUU